AAGAUGCUAUUCGAUCACCAUUUUUUAAUGGGGGCUCGAAUGUGAGCGCAAGGAAGAGAUGGAGUGAACAAAACAGCGGUGAAGGCAUUUAAUCAUUUCAAGUAAAGCCUUAAUUAAUAGUUUUGCUUUGCUUUGCCUGUAUUUCUAUGCUUUUUCUCAUUUUUUUAGAGUCUUCAAUCACAUGGCCCUUGCAUCAUCAUAAAUCUCAGUUACCUCUCUGUCCCUCUCUCUCUGUUCCCAUAGGAGAGAUGUGGGAGCACUGUGUAAAAUGAUGAGCUCCCAAAGUGUCCGUCUCCAUUUAUGGUGGAGAAUUCUUGCAUUUGCUCUACUUGUAGUUCAAUCCUGUGGGCUUAGCACAGAUGGUAUUCUGUUGCUUUCUUUCAAGAACUCUGUUCUCAGCGACCCCUUAUGCGUGCUACAGAGCUGGAGCUACAACGACCAGACGCCGUGUUCGUGGAAAGGAGUUACAUGUAGUAGUACUGCAGCUCAAGGCUUAGCCAAUUCUCAACACGGUCGGGUGAUCGGCUUAGCUCUUCCGAAUUCUCAGCUUCUUGGUUCAAUUCCUGCCAAUCUGGGCAUGAUUGAACACCUCCAAAAUCUCAACCUCUCCAACAAUUCUAUCAAUGGGUCUCUUCCUUCUUCGCUCCUCAACGCAUCCGAGCUCAAGUUCCUUGACUUGUCAAACAACUUGAUCUCUGGUGAGCUACCUGAGACCACAGGCCACCUUCAAAACCUCCAAUUUCUUAACCUCUCCGACAAUGCCUUGGCGGGAAACAUACCCAACAAUCUCAGCACUCUGAGCAAUCUAACCUUUGUCUCUUUGAAGAACAACUACUUUUCUGGUACUCUACCUAGUGGGUUCGAAGCUGUUCAGGUUUUAGAUCUGUCCUCGAAUCUGAUGAAUGGGUCUCUACCUCCUGACUUCGGUGGUGCUAGUCUACGUUACUUGAACAUCUCCUAUAACAGGUUUUCCGGGAAAAUCCCAUCAGGUUUUGCCGAGAAAAGUCCAGGUAAUGCUACUUUUGACUUGUCAUUCAACAACCUGACCGGAGAAAUUCCGGAAUCUGAUGUUUUUAUGAAUCAAGUAUCCCAAUCGUUUUCUGGGAAUCCUGAUCUGUGUGGAGAACCAACCAAGACUCCGUGUCCGAUUCCUUCUUCUCCUUCUUCUUCGCCUAAUGUGUCUGCUCCUACUUCUCCUCCUGCGAUCGCUGCGAUUCCAAAGACAAUGAAUCCAACCCCAGAAACCUUGUCACCUGGGUCGUCUCAGCAAGGAAGGCAAAACGGGAUGAGACCAGCAACGAUCAUAGGAAUUGUACUCGGAGAUGUUGCGGGAAUUGGAAUUCUCGUUUUGAUUUUCUUGUACGUGCACCAGUUGAAGAAGAAGAAGAAGAAGAAGAAGAACGCGGAGAAUACACUCCAAAAAGAAGCUAACGCAGCGAAGGAUGAUUGGUCAUCAUCGUCCUCCGAGUCAAGAGGGUUCACAAGGUGGUCGUGCCUGCGAAAGACAACGGAAGAGAAAGAGGGUUCAGAGGCCACAGGCUCUGAUAACGAAGAAGAACACCAAGGUGGUCAGAAGGGUCCAGAGAAUCAACGGCAACAAGAGCAGGAGCAAGGCAAAGGAGGGACAUUGGUGAGCGUUGAUGGUGGUGAGAAACAACUCGAGCUUGAAACGCUUCUAAAGGCUUCGGCUUACAUAUUGGGUGCCACCGGUUCGAGCAUAAUGUACAAGGCUGUGCUUGAAGAUGGGACUGCACUUGCGGUUAGGCGGAUUGGUGAGAGCAGUGUGGAGCGGUUCAAAGACUUCGAGAACCAGGUCCGCGUCAUAGCCAAGCUGGUGCACCCCAAUCUGGUUCGCAUUCGUGGCUUCUACUGGGGAGUCGAUGAGAAGCUCAUCAUCUAUGACUUUGUUCCUAAUGGCAGCCUCGCCAAUGCUCGUUACAGGAAAGUGGGCUCCUCGCCGUGCCAUCUACCAUGGGAAUUCAGGCUCAAGAUCGCAAAAGGUGUGGCCCGAGGGCUUGCGUACCUCCACGACAAGAAGCACGUGCAUGGAAACUUGAAGCCGAGCAACAUCCUCUUAGGCUCCGAUAUGGAGCCGAGAAUCGGGGAUUUCGGUCUGGAGAGGCUCCUAUCGGGUGACACAAGCUAUAAAGCCGGCGUAUCGGCUCGAAAUUUCGGGAGCAAGAGGUCCACGGCCUCACGUGACAGCUUCCAAGAUCUAGCAAUCGGUCCGAGCCCGAGCCCAAGCCCAAGCUCGGUGGGUGUAUCACCUUAUCAUGCACCCGAGUCGCUUAGGAGCCUAAAGCCCAACCCAAAGUGGGAUGCGUACGCGUUUGGGGUUAUAUUGCUUGAGCUGCUGACGGGGAAGGUUGUAGUAGUGGACGACAUGAGCCAGGGAAGUGGGGUCUUGGUUGAAGAUAAGAGCCGAGCUUUGAGGAUGGCUGACGUGGCAAUCCGAGCUGAGCUGGAAGGGAAAGAGGAGGCCCUACUGGCUUGCUUCAAGCUAGGCUAUGGUUGUGCCUCUCCAAUCCCACACAAAAGACCGCCUAUGAAAGAAGUCUUACAAGUUCUUGAAAGAAUUCCCGCUUCAACCUCUUCAUCACACUAUUAUGGUCCCUAAUUAAGAAGGUUGGAAAAGGAUUCUCUUUGGUUCAAAUGAACAGGAGGGGAUUCAGUUAGUAUUUUUUAGAGGUAUGAUUGUCUUUUUACAUUUACAAGAACAAUUAUGCCUUAAAAAAAACUAACCAAAUGCCCUCUACUUCAUUUGAACCUAAAAUGAUCAAAAUACAAAAAGGUUAGACGCUUUUGUAGAGAGGUGUAUGUAUGAUUGACUGAUAGGUUGCCAUUUGCCUUCAAGGUUUUUUCUUUUUUAUUUUUAUAAUUGUGUGAGCUCAUUGAAUAGAUCUUGUUGUUUUUGCACUAA